GGAUCCCCUUGGUCGUCGCCUCUUUAUUUAGCCCUUUGGUCUUUGCUCCCUUAGCGCUGCGCUCUCCCCCCGGCGGUUCCUCAGUUCCCCUUACACUCACUGAUUGGCUCUCUCCACCUCCGCUUGCGAGUUGCGACAUGGGCUUCUAAUCGUUCUGCCUGACGUACCGUUUCCUCAAUUGUAUAACAUUUGAUCUUCGUGAUGUCCACAGUUUUGUUUCCCCUUUCUUCUACGCUUUAUCUACAACUCUUUCAACACCUUCGCUUCAUCACUUUCGUGGCUUCUUAGGCCUACAAGCCACCUGCACCAAGCUACUGAGUGGUGCGCAUUCACUUUUACCAUGACAGACCUUGGGUCGGCGCUGGAACACGCUGGCGGCAGUGGGAAGAAUAAGGAGGGCAUCUCGAUCGGGACCUUCCUUGCCUCCCUGGCCACUGCCAUCAUCGUCUUUGCCGUUGAAUUUCUGUGCUUUUUGCUGCUCAAGGGGAAACUCACUCGCAUCUACCAACCAAGGACCUAUCUGGUCUCUGACAGAGAACGUACUCAGCCAUCGCCGCCUGGUCUCUUUCGAUGGAUCGCUCCCGUGUUUCGCACUUCUAGUACCGAGUUUAUUCAAAAAUGUGGCCUGGAUGCGUACUUUUUCUUACGAUACCUGCGGAUGCUUCUUAAGAUUUUUGUCCCCUUGGGGUGCUUGUUGCUGCCAGUCCUUCUACCCUUAAACAAAGUGGGUGGCAAAGACACAAGCUACAAAAACAACACAAUAAGUGACGGCCAAUGGAAUGUUACUGGGCUUGAUCAACUUGCCUGGGGCAAUGUCAGACCAGAAAACACUUCACGGUACUGGGGCCACUUAAUCAUGGCGGUCAUCGCAAUCUUCUACGUAUGCGGCGUGUUCUUUGACGAGCUCAGAGGCUACAUCCGUCUCCGACAGGCUUACCUAACAUCGCCCCAACAUCGACUACGAGCGUCGGCGACAACGGUCUUAGUGACAGCCAUUCCGGAAAGCUGGCUCUCCGUGGACGCCCUCGAAACACUCUACGACGUCUUCCCGGGAGGAAUCAGAAAUAUUUGGAUCAACCGCAACUUCGACGAUCUCAAUGAAAAGGUGAAACAGCGAGAUGAGCUGGCUCUCAAACUGGAGGCUGCGGAGACGGAUCUGAUCAUCAAGUGCAAAAAGGCCCAGCUGAAACAAGCUAGAGCUGCAGCGAAAAAGACCGGAAAAAACCCAAACGCAGUCGAGACCCAGGAGAAGAAGGAUGCCGAUAGGAUGGCUUCCGAAAUGGCUCUGGAUGGGGGUGUCAGCUCCGGAAACCCACAUCAAGCCCGCACUCUGGACCAGAUCUUGCAUCGGACAAAAUCGAAAAAGAAGCCUGUAGAGCCAGGGCACCGCAAACGUCUCAAUCCGUUCGACCCUGCCAUGGAAGCAGCAGGGGCGGUUGGACAAGGUGUGGGCAAGCUAGGCAAAUCCAUGAUGGGAGGCAUCAGAAAAGUCGAGCACGGACUGGACGGAACGUUGACCCGAUCAGGAGGCUAUGUGCCCGAGGACGGCAUUUCUAUCCCUGAACAUCAUGCUGAGCAUGAGGAAAUCAAUGAAGCUAGCCCUGACGAGCCUCGGGUUUGGUUGGAGGAUCCCCGUGAUAAUACAGAACCUAUCGUGGAAGCUGGCGCAUCAGAGGCUCGACCGGUGUCAAGGCCAAAGCGACCCUUCUGGAAGAGUCAGUUAUCCAAGGACUCCAAGACGAGCCACAACAGCGAGCCCGAUGAACUCCCCUUGACCGCUCCAGAGUCUCCUGUUGAGCCGGAGGAGGCUUUUGACUCUGAAAGCAGUAACUCUCCGGUAAAGGAAAAGAGCAAGAGCGUGAACUUCAAAGAGGGUGACCGAGUGAAGGGUGAGGAAUAUCCCAUUGCUUACAACGAGGGAUUUGAGAACGAGGAAUUUGGAGAACCACUGUGGCAGAAGUAUAUCAAGCCAAAGGAUCGCGAUACAAUGCGGCUGCCCAUCUUCGGCAUUAGUUGGAUGCCGUCACUGUGGCUCAUUGGUAAGAAAGUCGACACCAUCGACUAUUGCCGUAAAGAGCUGGCUCGCCUGAACCUCGAGAUCGAAAUCGACCAACAGCACCCAGAGAAGUUUCCCCUCAUGAAUUCAGCCUUCAUACAAUUCAAUCAUCAAGUCGCUGCUCAUAUGGCUUGUCAGGCAGUUAGCCACCAUGUGCCCAAGCAGAUGGCUCCUCGCAUUGUCGAAAUCUCACCGGACGAUGUCAUCUGGGACAACAUGUCCAUCAAGUGGUGGGAACGCUAUCUGCGCACAUUCGGCAUCAUCGCUGUCGUCUGUGGGAUGGUGAUCGGCUGGGCUUUUCCGGUGGCGUUCACCGGCUUGCUGUCUCAACUUUCAUACCUGGAAGCUGCAUUCACUUGGUUGUCCUGGCUUUCCAAACUGCCCGCAUGGUUUCUCUCCGCCAUUCAGGGUGUGUUGCCUGCAAUCUGUCUGGCCAUCUUAAUGGCGCUUCUGCCCCUGAUCCUUCGUUUUCUUAGCCGAACCCAGGGUCUUUCGACGGGUAUGGCUGUUGAGCUUGCGGUUCAGAAUUACUAUUUUGCGUUCCUGUUCGUGCAGCUGUUCCUGGUGGUCACCAUUUCGUCCAGUUUCUCGACCAUUAUCAGCAAUGUGACCGAUGUCACAAGCUGGCCGGAGCUGCUGGCCCAGAAUAUUCCGUCGUCAAGUAAUUAUUUCUUCUCGUACAUGAUUCUUCAGGCAAUGUCGGUGAGUGCUGGAGCGUUGGUUCAGAUCGUCAACCUAGUAAGCUGGUUCAUCCUCGCCCCGAUCCUGGACAAGACGGCGCGCAAGAAAUGGGGCCGAACCACCAACUUGAAUCAAAUGCAAUGGGGCACAUUCUUUCCGGUGUAUACCACCCUGGCCUCCAUCGGGCUGAUAUACUGCGUCAUUGCGCCUCUCAUCUUGAUCUUCAACGUGAUUACAUUCGGUCUAUUUUGGUUUGUUUACCGGUACAACACACUUUACGUGACCAAAUUCCGUUUCGAUACCGGUGGGCUGCUUUUUCCUCGCGCCAUCAACCAGCUGUUCACUGGCCUGUAUGUCAUGGAACUUAGUCUGAUUGGACUGUUCUUUUUGGUCCGAGACACACAGGGCGAAGUUGCAUGCGAAGGGCAGGCGAUUAUUAUGAUCAUCGUCCUGUUCCUCACGGCUGGCUAUCAGUUCCUUUUGAACGACGCGUUCGGACCUCUAUUCCGCUACCUGCCUAUCACCCUGGAAGACGACGCGGUGCGCCGGGAUGAGGAGUUUGCGCGGGCUCAGAGAGCGCGACUGGGACUGCCGAACGAGGAGGAGGACCCGGCGGAAACAAUCGAGCACCAGCUCGCGGAACACGAGCAUCAGCAACAUGAAGUAGACCGGAUGUCGCGCGACAUUGAGAUGAAGACGCUGGAGUCUUCUUCGGAUCGCCAGUCCCACCAUCACAUGCAACGGCCACACCUCGGACCGCAUCGUACAUCCUGGGCUGAUCGGUCUCCGAACCGGCGGUCCCCAUACUACAAAACUCACUCGGACACGCAAGUGCCCAGUGUCCAACGGUUGCGUGACAAAAUUGCACAAGAUGCUGAGGCCCAAGGCCCUCCUUCCCGCAACCUGGGACCGACCCUUUUUGCUGGCAUUCAUGACGAGUUGGAGGACCUGACACCGGACGAGCGUGAUCAACUCACCCAACGGGCGUUCCAGCACGACGCAUUGCGUGCCAAGCGUCCAGUCAUCUGGAUUCCGCGAGACGAUCUAGGAAUCAGUGAUGACGAGGUGUACCGGACGCAACGGUUCAGCAAGCACAUCUGGGUCAGCAACGAGUACCAGGCGCUGGACGGGAAAUGCCACACCAUCUUCAGCCGCAGUCCACCAGAUUUUUCAGAAGUGGACCUGAUCCAAUUAUAAGCUGGCAGCUUGUAUGAUUGACGAUUCUUUCGAUUAGAUAUCCUGUCUUUUUCUUUCUUUCUUUUUCUUGUUACCGGCAUGCAUUUAUUGGCGUUGGGUGUAGUCACCAGAGCGGCAUGUAUUAGAAGGGUGUACAUAGUUAAUAAAGAUGCAAUAGAUUGCAGGUC